UCUUGUUCUUUCUCUCAAAAAAAACUUGAAUUGCCGACUUUGUUAUUAGAUAUUAUAUUUCAUUACUAUAUGCUUCUUAGAUAUUUUUCUUUUGAUCUUCUUAUACCCUUUGUUUGCAGAUUUUGCCUGAAAUUUUGAUACAAUUCUGUCCAUUAACUAUUUUCCUGUCACUCAUUAUUAACGUGACAAAGUUUUGUAGUAGUAAACUUCUUCAAAAUAACUUUUCAUAACCUCCAAACUAUACAGAAGAGCAAAAAACAGCUCUUUCAACUUUUCAAGAUGAUUCAGGGUGCAACAGAGACCGUUGAGGCAGUUCACUUCAGUUUCAUGACAAAUGAAGAAGUUCAUAAGCAUAGUGUUGUUAAAGUUACAAACCCUAAUUUGCUCGAUACGAUAGGGCAGCCCGUUCCUGGUGGGCUUUAUGACCCGGCUAUGGGUUCCCUUGAUGAUAAUUCUCAAUGUAAAUCAUGUGGCCAACGUUCACGUCACUUCCCUGGUCACUGUGGUCAUAUUGAACUUGUUUCGCCAGUCUACAAUCCCCUGCUUUUCAAUAUGCUUUACAAUCUUCUGCAAAGAACAUGCUUUUAUUGCUUGCAUUUUAGGGCACCAAGAGAAGAGGUAAUUUUCUUUGGGAUUGGACCCACAGAAAAGUGCGUCUCCGAAUUAGAGUCAAUCGUAAAAGGUGAUGUUAUUGGGGCCAAAAAUGUCAUCUCUUCUGAUAAUUCAACUGAUCAGGAAGAAAGCGAAGGAAGUCAUAUGUCAUGUACAAUAGAUGACUUGAAUUUGCAAGAUCGUUCUGAGUACAAUAAAAGGUCAUGUUGGGACAAUUUCCAGUUCACUGAAGCCAUGGCAGUUAUCGAUGGAAUUCUCAAGACAAAAUCUAAGAAAUGUAGCAACUGUAAAGCAAAAAAUCCAAAGAUCACCAAACCUAGUUUUGGACGAUUUCAUAUGGAUACCUCAAGUACGGAAAUCAAGAAAAAUUUUAUAAAAGAUCAGAAGUUCAAUCUGCGGUACGCUGGUGGAAGUGAGGAAAAUCCUUCCCCUGAGGUGUUAAAUGCCACUGAGCUAUUAGGGGAAGCUGAAACCAGCUUAUAUGAGGCUUCCUCCGAUGGAUUAGAAAAUUCUAUGGCUCGUGGGAGGCAUGGGGUUGACCAGUCUGGUGUGAUUAAGCAACAGAAAGACUUAUUAUCAUUAGCUCAGUUGCCUUCUCUGGUCAGAAAUAUUAUAAAGGGUUUAUGGGAAAAUGAAGCUCGUCUUUGUGAGUUCUUCUGUGAUAUUCAGGGUUUUCACCGUGAUGCACCUGACAAGGUGGCUGGACCCUCCAUGUUCUUUUUGGACUCCAUUCUUGUACCACCGAUCAAGUUCCGUCCUCCAGCCAAAGGGGGUAAUUCAGUUAUGGAGCAUCCACAUACAGUUCUUCUUGGCAAGGUCCUACAGUCAAAUAUAGCUUUGGGAAAUGCUCAUAUGAACCGGGCUGGAGGGUCUAAGAUCAUUAGCUGCUUGAUGGAUCUUCAACAAUCUGUAAAUGUGCUGUUUGAUAGCAAAACAGCUGCUGGUCAAGGUCAAAAAGAUGUUGGUACGGGCAUAUGUCAAUUGUUGGAAAAGAAAGAAGGUAUCUUCCGCCAGAAAAUGAUGGGGAAGAGAGUCAAUUUUGCCUGCCGAUCAGUUAUAUCUCCGGACCCUUAUUUGUCUGUCAAUGAAAUUGGGAUUCCACCAUAUUUUGCUUUAAGGCUAACCUAUCCUGAGAGGUUGACUCCUUGGAAUGCUUUCAAAAUGAGAGAUGCUAUUCUCAAUGGACCUGAAACCCUUCCUGGGGCUGUCUCUGUUGCUGAUAGAAUAUCUAUCGUGAAACUGCCACCAGGUAGAGACUUGCGUAAAGCAAUAUCUAGAAAAUUGCCUUCUUCCAGGGGAGCAGUGACUCAAUCUGGGAGGGACAAUGAGUUUGAAUUUGAAGGCAAAGUUGUUUAUCGGCACUUACAAGAUGGGGAUAUUGUUCUUGUGAAUCGACAGCCUACCCUUCACAAGCCCAGUAUAAUGGCUCAUGUUGUCCGCAUAUUGAAAGGAGAGAAAACACUUCGCAUGCACUAUGCUAAUUGCAGUACCUAUAAUGCAGAUUUUGACGGUGAUGAAAUGAAUGUCCACUUUCCACAAGAUGAAAUUUCUCGUGCCGAAGCAUAUAACAUUGUAAAUGCUAACGAACAGUACAUUGUUCCGACCAAGGGAGAUACUGUUAGAGGCCUUAUUCAGGAUCAUAUUGUAGGUUCAGUGCUUCUUACCAUGAAGAAUACAUUUUUGACCCUUGAGGAGUUUAACCAGCUUCUGUACGGGUCUGGCAUGUUUGCUGCUGGGUCCGGUUUAACUUCCGGAAAUCAUUUAAAUAAAGUUCCUGUAAUAGAUUCUGAAGGUUUUGUACAGACUAUCUUGCCUGCUGUGUGGAAACCAAAGCCUCUUUGGACAGGGAAGCAGGUCAUCACUGCUUUACUGAAUCAUCUGACAAAGGGCUGUGCACCUUGUACCGUGAAAAACAAAGGGAAAAUUCCAUAUCCGUAUUUCCUGAGCCAGAGUCGCCUAGCUGAGUAUCAGUCAAGUGAAGAAGAAGAAGAAGAAGAUAGAACUGCUGAAAAUAAAUUCCUAAUUUGGAAAAAUGAGCUUGUGCGUGGUGUAAUCGACAAGGCUCAGUUUGGAAAGUUUGGGUUAGUUCACACGAUUCAGGAGCUUUAUGGGUCCAACAAAGCAGGCAUUUUACUUUCUGCUCUGAGUCGUUUAUUUACUAUUUUCUUGCAGUUUCAUGGCUUCACUUGUGGUAUUGAUGAUCUUGUCAUCUUACCACAUUACGAUAUUCGAAGGAAGGAGGAACUUGAAGGAGAGGAUGUUGGUGAAGAGGCUCAUUGUGAUUUUGUGAAGUUCAAGAGGGGAGAAAUAGGCCCUUUGGAGCUCCAACUAGAAAUUGAAAAAGCCAUAAGCAGCAAUAAAGAAGCUGCUACAGCAACCUUAGACAUGAAAAUGAAAAAUAAAUUGGUGAAUAAAGGCUCACAAUUUAAUAAAGAGUUGCUGCUGAAAGGAUUGUUGAAACGUUUCCCUCGAAACUGCAUUGCCCUUAUGACAAUUACUGGGGCAAAGGGGAGUACGAAUCAAGAAACCAUCUGCCAAAAGUUGUGUCAUGGACGCAAGCUCAACUCAUAUAUUGAGAAAUUGCCUGAUGGCCUGGAAGAAAAAGUGAAGCACUUCUGGGAAAACAAAGCGAAAAAGUUAGAGAAGAAACUAGAGAAGCAAGUGAAAAAGGAAGAGAUAUUAAAGCAACUGAAAGAGGAGGAGGCGGACUUUCUACAAUUAGUGGAACAAAAAUACCUCUCAAGUCUCGCCGAUUCGGGAGAGCCGGUUGGUGUCCUUGCUGGUCAGUCAGUUGGUGAACCAUCAACCCAAAUGACAUUGAAUACUUUUCAUCUUGCUGGUCGUGGAGAAAUGAAUGUCACUCUUGGAAUUCCACGUCUUCAGGAGAUUUUGAUGACUGCCUCUGAUGUGAUUAAGACUCCCAUCAUGACGUGCCCCUUCCUUGGUUGGAAAUCAAAGGAUGAUGCCCAGUCUCUUUUGGCAGAAGUGAAGAAGAUCACUCUUGCAGAUGUGAUUGAGAGUAUGGAAGUGAAUCUUUUUCCACUAUCAAUCCACAACAAUAAAAUUUCUCGACUUUACAAGCUCACGGUGAAGCUAAAAAAGCAUGAAUUUGUGUCAUCAGAAGAUUGCAAGUAUACCCUAAAAUAUGUGUUCAAAAGGGAAUUGGAGGACGCAAUAGAAAGCCAUUUGGCCUUGCUCUCUAAAAUUAAUGGCAUAAAGGACUUCAAGUCAAGCUCGGAAUCGGUGGCUUCAAAUGAGACGGAAGAAAAUGCUUCCAGUACCAGACACGAUGAGGAAAAGCUGGAUGAUGAUGAUGAUGAUGAUGAUGAUGAUGAUGAUGAUGAUGAAGCCGAGGACGAAAGAACCGAAGAUCUUAGUUCAGAUGCACAAAAAAGAAAACGGCAAACCACGGAUGAGAUGGAUUAUGGGGACGGUUGUGAAGAUGAAGCUGAGACCACUGCGGAAGUUGAAGAAGGGGAACCUGAUCAAGGGCAUGACACUGGAAGUAGGGAGGAAGAAGAGGAAACUGGAGACCCUGGCAAUGAAGAGCAGACACCAAGUAAGUCGAAGACCGAAAAGACUAUCAAACAGAAGAAAAAUAAGGAAAAACAUAGCAAAAAGGAUUCAGACAGGUCCGUCUUUACUGCUGUGGAGGGAUUGCAUUUCGAGGUCCACUUUAGAUUCAUCGAUGAACCUCAUAUCUUGCUAGCUCAGGUUGCCCAGAAGACUGCAAAGAAAGUGUAUAUUAAGAACUCCGGUAAAAUCGACCAAUGCAGAAUGGUCAAGUAUGAAGUAACUGAAAAUACUGUAAUUUGGGAUGAAAAGCAAACAAAGAAACAAAGCCAAGUCGCUGAUUCUGCUUAUUGGGCCCUGAAAGCAGCUGGAAUAGAUUUUGGAACCUUUUGGAAAAUGCAAGAUCAUCUUGAUGUUAAUCGAAUAUACACAAAUAAUAUUCGUGCUAUACUGAAUACAUAUGGAGUUGAAGCUGCCCGAGCAGCAAUCAUACGAGAGGUUAAGACAGUUUUUGGAAUAUAUGGGGUUGAGGUUGAAUAUCGACAUUUGAGCCUAAUAGCUGACUACAUGACUCAUACGGGUGGAUACCAGCCAAUGAGCAGACAUGGAAGGAUAUCCGAGUCUUUGUCACCGUUCCUUAAGAUGUCUUUUGAAACGGCUUCCAAAUUCAUUGUCGAAGCAGCCUCUCACGGUUUGACUGACUACUUGGAGACGCCAUCCUCCAGAAUUUGCUUAGGUUUGCCAGUGAAGAUGGGUACUGGUUGUUUUGACAUAAUGCAGAAUUUAGAUAUUUGAUGUAUAAGUACUCAUAAUAUUGUUAUUCGUGUAUAGUCAUUUAUUGGGGAUUUUCAGUUUCUGUGC